UUCCGCGGCGGCUGCGGCGGCGGGGGCGGCGGGUCCGUAUCGGGAAGCACCGCGGCGGGCUCUGGGCUCUGGGCUCCGGGCGAGACUCGGGCCGGGCUCGGCGGCCUCCGCGCGGUCAGGUUAAUAAUCAAGAUGGUACAUGCUGAAGCCUUUUCUCGUCCCUUGAGUCGGAAUGAAGUUGUCGGUUUAAUUUUCCGUUUGACCAUAUUCGGUGCCGUAACGUAUUUUACCAUAAAGUGGAUGGUAGACGCCAUCGACCCGACCAGGAAGCAGAAAGUGGAAGCUCAGAAACAGGCAGAAAAACUAAUGAAGCAAAUUGGUGUGAAGAAUGUGAAGCUCUCGGAGUACGAGAUGAGCAUCGCUGCCCACCUGGUGGACCCUCUGAACAUGCACGUGACCUGGAGCGACAUCGCCGGGCUGGACGACGUCAUCACAGACCUCAAAGACACCGUCAUCCUCCCCAUCAAGAAGAAGCAUCUGUUCGAGAACUCCCGGCUCCUGCAGCCUCCCAAAGGAGUUCUUCUCUAUGGGCCUCCAGGCUGUGGGAAGACCUUGAUUGCCAAGGCUACUGCCAAGGAGGCAGGCUGCCGCUUCAUCAACCUUCAGCCUUCCACCCUGACGGAUAAGUGGUACGGAGAGUCCCAGAAGCUGGCUGCGGCCGUGUUCUCCCUCGCUAUCAAGCUCCAGCCUUCCAUCAUCUUCAUUGAUGAAAUAGACUCCUUCCUGCGCAGCCGCUCGAGUUCAGAUCAUGAAGCCACCGCCAUGAUGAAGGCCCAGUUCAUGAGCCUCUGGGACGGGCUGGACACGGACUACAGCUGUCAGGUGGGUGCCGAGCCGGGGCCUCUCCCAACGGCGCCAUUCCUCAGGGGUGUGGGGGCCGGGCGUCGGGGUCUGCGGGAAGAAGGAGCCCCCCGGGGCCCUCCCGGGGCCGCUCUCCUGGCUGAGCUGGUUUUCGCCGCCCGCUUUCCUCUCCGGGCUCCCGUCUUCUCCCCCAGCUCCUCCGGCUCCCCCUUUCUCCGCCCCCGAGGACGAGCAGCUUUCUUCCUCUUGUGGAGGCAGCCAGCAGGGGCAGGACCUGUGUUGGGGGGCUCCUGCUCUCGAGGCGUCCCCCGCCCGUCCGGGCCGGCACCCAGCCGUCGCGCCUUCCCUCUCCUCCACCAGCUGCCCCGUUUUUUGGGUCGUUUUAUCUUCUUGGCUCCGUCCUGGCCACGUUUUGGUCAGCCUGAAGAGGGGGCUGCGGCGGCCCCCUGGGGCGUCCCUGGGGCUCCCCUGUGUCUGCCGAGAGCCUCGGCCUCUCCUGCUCUUGGCCUUCUGCCUCCCUGGCCUGCGGGGAGCCUCCUCACUGCUUAG